AUGGCUUCAAAAACUUGCUUCUUCUUAUCUGUGCUCAUUUUUGUGUCACUAGGCUACCACACAUGCCUUGCAGCCCGCCACUUGUUGGACACUCCCGAGCUGUCAGCCCCACCACCAGUGCCGACUAUCCCAACCCUGCCGAAACCCACAUUGCCAACGUUGCCUCCUUUGCCUGCGGUGCCGACUCUACCUCAGCCAACGUUACCACCAUUGCUUAGUGCCCAAUUACCGCCUUUGCCAGUCAUGCCUACACUCCCAAAAGCAACAUUGCCACCAUUGCCUGCUACCCAAUUGCCGCCUCUGCCUGUCAUGCCGAGUCUGCCGAAGCCUACAUUGCCGCCAUUGCCUUCCAUCACUUCUAUUCCAACAAUCCCAACCAUUCCCUCCAUCCCAACUAUCCCUUCAAUACCAACCUUCCCUACAAUCCCUUCCUUCUCUCCACCCCCUUCAAACUAG